UGACCGGACGCUUUGACCGGAGAGAUUUAGAUGUGCCGGUCUACAGCAUAUUUUGGUCGGUCGUAGUCCGGUAAUUACCGGCUAACGGGAACUCUGGUUCCGACAAGUGAGGGUCUGAGCUCUCUUAAAUACAUCGUGUCACCACCUCACAUUUUGCGACAGUACUAGUUUCUUUACGUUAGUUCACCACAACAUCAGACAUCAUGGCCUCCGGCUCCGCAGCUCCGGAGGAUUUACCGGAGAACCAGGAGGGUUUAGCGGCCUCAGGAGACACUGGGACACCGGGGGCUGUUGCCCUGGACAAACAGGUGUGUCUGAUUGUGCUGGGGAUGGCGGGAUCCGGGAAAACAACCUUCGUUCAGAAACCGAAAGGAAGAGAGAGACAUCACAGCUGUCAGCAAUGUGACAAAUCCUUUACAAUAUCUGGACAUUUAAAGCGCCACCUGCGUGUUCAUACUGGAGAAAAACCGUACAGCUGUGAAGAGUGUGGGAAAACGUUCACUCAAUCUGUUAAUCUCAAAACACAUCAACGUACUCACACAAGAGAAAAACCGUACAGCUGUGAAGAGUGUGGGCAAACUUUCACUACAUCAAGUAAUCUCAAAACACAUCAGCGUAUUCACACGGGAGAGAAACCAUAUUGGUGUGAAGAGUGUGGGGAAACGUUCACUACAUCAGUUAAUCUCAAAAUACAUCAUCGUGAUCACACAGGAGAGAGACCAUAUUGGUGUGAAGAGUGUGGGAAAACAUUCACUGCAUCAGGUGCUCUCAAAAAACAUCACCGUAUUCACACGGGAGAAAAGCCGUACAGCUGUGAAGAGUGUGGGAAAACUUUUACUCAAAAUAUUGUCCUCAAAACCCACCAGCUCAUCCACACUGGAGAAAAACCAUACAGCUGUGAAGAGUGUGGGAAAACAUUCACGACAUCAGGUGCUCUCAAAAGACAUCAACGUAUUCAUACUGGAGAAAAACCGUACAGCUGUGAAGAGUGUGGGAAAACAUUCACAACAUCAGGUGAUCUCAAAUCACAUCAACGUAUUCAUACUGGAGAAAAACCGUACAGCUGUGAAGAGUGUGGGAAAACCUUUUCUCAAAGUUCUAACCUUAAACUCCACAAGCGAAUCCACACUGUAUAGUUUUGAACGACUAUGAGAGCCAAGCUAGCUGUUUCCUCCGCCUGAUGUCCUGAGAGCUGUAUUGUUAUAUUUUAAGAGUCUUUCUGAAUUGAAGUCUGACUUACAGUUUUUUAUGUUCUAACCAGCGCUCACACUAUGCCAACACAAGGCCACAGAGAUGCCGUUUCUCCCGAUUUAAUUCAUCUUUGUAAUGGUUCCUGACUUAUAAAGAAAUGUUUUGCUAUGCUGUAUUUCAACCAUGGUAUUGAUUUUCUUUUUUUACAUUAUAUCUCAACUGCUAGCCUCGUUAGGCUGCAUUGAAGGAAUUUAGUUUCACUGUUCAUUAAUCUGCCGAGUAGUUUCUCCAAUAAUCUGUUUAGUUAAUAAAAUGUUGUGACUUUAAAUGUUCGAUUGAGAUGUUUUUGAUAGUUCCUGUUGAGUUGGCAGUCUGUUCUAAAAGAAGAACCAAUGAUAAAUGUAUCCAGAAAAUAUUCACGAUGUUUUCAGUUUGAUUCUGUUCUCUUUUGUUUAAAUGGUCAGACUUUACCAAAAAUAAAAAGGCCUUAGAAACAGACUCACA